CGUAAACGCGCAUGGUCGUGAAUCUUCCUGUGAGCCACCUAAAAUCCCUAUAAUAAUUUUCAACCCUCCCCCACCUUACUUUCUUUUUACUCACGAACACAAAAAUUAAUUAUAAUUAGAAUCUCCUGCAUGCCACCACGCGUGGUAAUUAGGUUAUAAUGCAGACGAACGGAGGAGGAGGAGGAGGAGGAAGAAGCUGCAGCGACGGAGAGUCGGCGGGGUUGCGGCAGGCGUGCGCGUCGUGCAAGCACCAGCGGAAGCGGUGCGCGGAGGACUGCUUCCUGGCGAAGUACUUCCCGGCGGAGAAGCAGGGCGAGUUCAGGGCGGUGCAGAAGGUGUUCGGGCUGAGCAACCUGACGAAGAUGCUGCGCGCCAACGCCACCGAGGCCGCCCGCCAGCGCGCCGCCCGCACCCUCACCUGGGAGGCCGAGUGGCGCGACCGCGACCCCGCCGACGGCUGCUUCCGCGAGGUCGCCGAGCUCCGCUGCGAGAACCGCCUGCUCCGCGACCGCAUCGCCGCCCUCACCCAAGCCCUCACCUGUCAGUACCCGACCCUCCCGCCGCUACCGCAGUUUCUUCAUCACGACGCACUGCAGAACGAUACCGUGAGCAUAAUAUUGAACAACAACGGUAAUAGUAAUAGUAAUGGUAAUAAUAAUCUCGUACGUGAGAAUUUGAGCUACUACAAUUUUUGUAAUGGACCCGUGGGCCCGGUGUUGGGAGCAACGUCUAUAUCGUCGCCGCCGAGUUUUGUAGACCAGGGCAAUUUCUCACCGUUUAAUGAUGAUGAUGAAGAAUCGAAUGUGCUACUGCAUCCUGAUGCAGUAAACUAAAAAUGAAGAGGUAACGAUUUAUACGCAGAGUUACUAAUUAUUAAUUUAUAAGGUAAAAUUGU